CUUGCUUCCACAGGCCCCAUGACCCCCCUGGACAAACAACAGCCUCAUUCUCUGCACCACUGACCUCAUUGUCUCUUUGUGAAGGGAAAGUCCAGAGUUGCAUUCUGUUAAAUGGCAAAUGGUUCAUCAGCUGCGAGCGGGACGGACCUCUCUACCUCCAGCACAGGCCUACAGAUGAGCACGGACACCGCUGCCUUUUCCUCAGGACCGUACGCAAGGAAAACAUGAGUCUUGAUGGAGAUACAUUAUCAGUGAUUGAGAACCCAGCGGCUGUCAGCCAUCCUUUUCAUUCAGAGAAAGCAGCAGGAGUCGCAGCAACCAAGGGAGUGCAGGGCUGGUUAAAAGGGAUUCAUUCUACGACUCACGCUCACAGACUGGUGAGGCUGCUGGCAGUGGUGUGCGCAGUUGGACUCCUGGGAGGCUUAGCAGUAGGUGUCUGGUUUCUAGUCAAACUUCUGCUGAGGCCAUCCUACUCCCAAAGUCCAGUGGGACUUGGGGACACAAAGGAGACGCCUUUCUGCAACGUGACAGAGGAUAUUUCUAUCUCUGACCCCAGGAAAGGUUCAGUGUUUUACAGAAUCAGCCCGGAGAACUCCCUCCUGGAGAUCCAGCUGGGGAAGCUGCCCACCUGGCUGCCGGUGUGCUACGAGAGGUGGAACUCUUCUCUGGGAACGCUGGUUUGCAGACAGCUGGGUUAUCUGAGACUGACCAAGCAUAAAGGCGUGAAUCUAACUGAUAUCGGUCCAAACUAUACUGAUGGCUUUAUACAAAUUACCUCAGAACACAAGAGCAACCUGGAAAAUAUGUGGCAAUUCAGGGGGAGCUGUAACACAGGAAAGGUUAUCGCUUUGCAAUGUUUUGAGUGUGGGACACGUGCAAAGCUUCCCAGGAUAAUAGGGGGAGACGAGGCCACGCUGGGCAGGUGGCCCUGGCAGGUCAGCCUCUACUACAGCAACCGUCACACCUGCGGAGGAUCCAUCAUCACCAGUCAAUGGGUAGUCACAGCUGCCCAUUGUGUGCACAACUACAGGCUACCUCAGGUAUCCAGCUGGGCGGUCUACGCAGGUAUUGUCACCCGCAGCUCGGCUAAAAUGGCACAACACACGGGAUACGCUGUGGAGAAGAUCAUCUACAACAAAAACUACAACCACAGGAGCCAUGACAGUGAUAUAGCCUUGAUGAAACUACGGACCCCGCUGAAUUUCUCAGAUACAAUUAGACCUGUCUGCUUGCCUCAGUAUGACUAUGAUCUUCCAGGAGGCACACAGUGCUGGAUAUCUGGAUGGGGAUACACACAGCCUGAGGGUGUUCACUCACCCGACACCCUGAAAGAGGCGCCAGUUCCCAUAAUAAGCACAAAGAAGUGUAACAGCUCCUGCAUGUACAAUGGAGAGAUCACGCCACGGAUGCUUUGUGCCGGAUACACAGAGGGAAAAGUGGAUGCAUGUCAGGGGGACAGUGGGGGGUCCUCUCGUUUGCCAGGAAGACAAUGUCUGGAGGCUGGUAGGGGUUGUCAGCUGGGGGACCGGCUGCGCUGAGCCCAACCAUCCUGGAGUUUACACCAAGGUGGCCGAAUUCUUGGGCUGGAUCUAUGACAUGAUUGAGAGCUACUGAGGAGGGCUCCUGGAAGCAAGCAGAGGACGCUACUGAUAUUACUGUUUGAGAUAUUUAAAAAACUAUAGUUCAUAUUUUUACUUUAAAUGUCCGUUACAUAGUGUAUACAUAAAGACAGCCUGGAGACAUAAAAAAUAAUUUUUAUGUUAUAUUUUUCAUGUAUUGAAUAUAA